AUGGCUACUGCUGGUCCCUUCGUCCUUCCGGGCGAUGAGAUUGACGCAUCUCUCAUUCCAUCACAUCCAAAGCUUCCUCUUAGGUUGGGUCCUGGCCUCCGACACGUCCCUCCCCGACAAAUAGUGCCUACCAUCGCCGGCAAGCUCUUCACAGAUCCCAGAAAGAACUCGAUAUGGGUUGAGCAGACAGGAGGACGGUAUAUACCCGCUGUCGGCGAUCUUGUUGUUGGCACCGUCCAACGCUCUGCCUCCGAAAUUUAUUAUGUCCUUCUAGCCGAUUACUCAACACCUGCGAUUCUACCCCAACUUUCUUUCGAGAUGGCAUCGAAGAAGAACCGUCCCAAUCUGUCGGCCGGUGCCCUUGUCUAUGCGCGCGUUACUCUGGCGAACAAGCACAUGGACCCUGAACUUGAGUGCGUCUACCAGUCCACUGGUAAGGCUGAUGGCUUGGGACCGCUCGUGGGCGGCAUGCUUUUCGAUAUCUCCCUUGGCUUAGCCCGUCGCCUGCUGAGCCCCAAGACAACUGAUCUCGUGGUUUUGGAGGAACUGGGUGCAACUGGUGCAGCAUUUGAGACAGCCGUAGGGCGAAAUGGCAAGAUCUGGGUGAACAGCGAGAGUGUCAAGGUCAUUAUUGCGGUGGGAAGAGCCAUUCAGGAGACAGACGAGCGCCAUCUUUCUGUCGAGCAGCAGAAGAAGCUCGUUAGGUCUUUAAUCAAAGAUUUGAGUUAA